AUGGCCCAGGACACAGAUGUCGGGGCCAUGGAAAAAGAGAGGGCAAGGAGGAGUCUGGCCCAGGGCAGAGAGCAGCAAACGGGCAGACAGGCGAAAGAGAUUGCAGAUAGUUGGGAGAAGGGAGGCCGGCUUAAGGAAGGGAUGGGGACAGAGGGUGAGCAAGCGAGCGGGAGCCAGAAUGAGAUGAUUGUCGCCCUCGCCAAAUCAGUGGUGGCACGCUGGGGAGACCUUGCCAUCCACGAAGGUACCUCGUUAUUGUACCCGCCGCCAACUAAUUGGUAG